AUGCCAUUCCUCUCCGACUCACCCCCUCUUUCCCCCGGAGGCAGCUCCUCGGCGAGCAGCACCGCAGCCAGCUCGACACUGCACCAAACACACGCACAGUCCAACGACCCCAUUGCCAUCGUUGGAAUCUCACUCCGGGGUCCGGGUGAUGGCGCCGACACGGAGCGCUUCUGGCAGAUGCUGCUGGACGGUCGGUCGGCGCGACGAGACAUACCCAAGGACAGGUACAACGUCGACGGCUUCUACCACCCAGAUGGAGACCGUCUGGGGAGCAUACAGCAGCGUCAGGCUCACUUCCUGGAGCAGGACUUUAAGGUGUUUGACGCACCAUUCUUUUCAGUCACGCCCAAGGAGGCCAAGGCCAUGGAUCCCACACAUCGCAUGUUGCUGGAGGCUACGUAUGAGGGGUUUGAAAAUGCCGGCAUGAGACUGGAAGACGUCGCAGGCACCAAAACCUCGGUGUACGUCGGCACAUUCACAGCCGACUUUCCCUCGCUGCAGGCCCGCGACAACGCCGGCCCCUCCAUCUACCACGCCACGGGAACCUCGGCCUCUCUGGCAUCCAACCGGCUGUCGUGGUUCUACGACCUCAAGGGCCCCAGCCUCACGGUCGACACGGCCUGCUCGUCGUCCCUGACGGCCUUCCACCUGGGCUGCCAGUCGCUCCGCACGGGCGAGGCCAGCAUGUCGGUCAUCGCGGGGGCGAACCUCAUGUUCGGGCCGGACAUGUCGAUCCUGCUGGGGGCGGCCAAGAUCCUGUCGCCCGAGGGCCGGAGCAAGAUGUGGGACGCGUCGGCGGACGGGUUCGCGCGCGGCGAGGGCAUCGGCGUGCUGGUGCUGAAGCCGCUGUCCGCGGCGCUGCGCGACGGCGACACGGUGCGCGCCGUGGUGCUGGCGUCCGCCACCAACGAGGACGGCUACACGCCGGGCAUCUCGCUGCCCAACAGCGAGGCGCAGCAGGAGCUGAUCCGCGACGCCUACGCCAUGGCCGGCGUCGACCCCGCCGACACGGGCUACGUCGAGGCCCACGGCACCGGCACGCAGGCCGGCGAUCCGCUCGAGGCCAGGGCCAUCAUCCGCACCAUCGGCGCCGCCGGCAGGAGGCGCGCGGAUCUGUACGUCGGGUCCGUCAAGACAAACAUUGGACACCUCGAGGGCGCGGCCGGCGUGGCGGGCGUCAUCAAGGCGGCGUUGGCGGUCGAGAGGGGCGUGAUUCCGAGGAAUCUGUGGUUCGACAAGCUGAACAGCCAGAUCAAGCUGCCGAGCAACGUCAAGAUACCGGUGGAGACGACGGUGUGGCCGUCUUCGGGGCCGAGGAGGGCGAGUGUGAACUCGUUUGGGUUUGGUGGAGCGAAUGCGCACGUGAUCCUCGAGGAUGCUGCUUCAUACUUUGCCCGUACUGGCCAGAGCGGCCGGCACUUUACUGCUGGCGCUGCCAAGGCCCUUCUUAGCGAGCAAUACAGCGACAGCGACGUAAGCAGUGGCAGUGAUAGCGAAACAAGCUGCAACAACGGCAACGGCAACAGCAAUAGCAACAGCAACAGCAAAACCAAGUCAAAAACCUCCACUCCCAAGAUACUCGUGGUUUCCUCAAACGACCAAGACGGUGUCAAGCGCAACGUCGAGACCAUCAAGUCCUACCUCUCCAGCAAGCCCCAAACCGACCUCGCCGACCUCGCCUACACCCUCAACUCCAAGCGCACCACUUUCCCCUGGAAGUCGUUCGCCAUCGCUCGAGACCUGGACAGCGCGCCGGACGGCCUGGACGCCAUGCCAGCCGCCGUGCGCUCCUCCAACGCCUCGGUGCCCAGGGUCGCAUUUGCCUUUACCGGCCAGGGCGCUCAGUGGCACGCCAUGGGCAGGGGCCUGUCGGUCUACAAGACGUGGCGCGACAGCAUGGCCGUGUCGCAGCAGGUCCUCACCUCGCUCGGCUGCCCCUGGAGCUUGGGCGAAGAGCUGUCCCGCGGAGAAAAAGACAGCAGGCUCCGGCUGACCGAGUACAGCCAGCCCAUCUGCACGGCGCUGCAGAUUGCCCUCGUGGACCUGCUCCGGUCCUGGGCCGUCGAGCCGGUCGCGGUGGUGGGCCACUCGAGCGGCGAGAUUGCCGCGGCCUACACGGCCGGCUUCCUGUCGCACGAGUCGGCCGUCAAGGUGGCCUGGCUGCGCGGGCAGGUCUCGGGCACCGUGUCGCGCGACGGCGGCAUGCUGGCCGUCAACGCACCGGCGGAGGCGAUGCAGGCGCGGCUGGGCAAGCUCACGACGGGCAGGGCGGUGGUGGCGUGCAUGAACAGCCCCAGGGCCUGCACCGUCUCGGGCGACAGGGCGGCCGUCGACGAGCUGCACGACCUCCUCAAGGCCGACGAGGUGGUCUGCACCAAGCUGCCCAUGGACGUCGCCUACCACUCCUUCCACAUGGAGGCGGCGCGGGAGCAGUACGAGCAGGCCCUGGCCGGCAUCCCGCACCUCAGGCCCAAGAGCGGCCCGACCAUGUUCUCGUCCGUGACGGGCGAGCUGGUCGGCGCCGACGCCAUGAGCCCGUCCUACUGGGUCGACAACCUCGUGUCGCCCGUCAACUUCACCGCCGCCUCGCGCUCGCUCCUGCACCACAGCCCGGCCAAGACCCGGACGGACCGCAGCGCCUUUGCGAGCGUCUUGGUCGAGAUCGGCCCGCACUCUGCGCUGAGGAGCUACCUGCUCGACGUGUUCAAGGCCGAGGACCGGCUGACCGACCUCUCGUACGUCGGCGUGCUGCGGAGAAAGAUGGACGCCGUCGACACGGCCCUGCAGGCGGCCGGCGAGCUGUGGGCCAAGGGCUGCGCCAUCGACGUCGACCGCGUCAACGGCACCGCGCCCUCGGACGCAAAGAUGCUGGUCGACCUGCCGCCCUACCGCUGGAACCACACCAAGUCCUUCUGGGAGGAGUCGCACCUGAGCCGGCAGUACCGGCUGCGCGCGUCGCCCCGCACCGACCUGCUGGGCUACCGCGUGCCGGGGGUGCCGGACCCGACGUUUCGCAACUUCCUGCGCUGCACCGAGAACCCCUGGAUCCGCGAGCACCGCGUGCAGGGCGACGUGCUGUACCCGGGCGUGGGCAUGGUGGUGAUGGCGGUGGAGGCGGCGCGCGCGGUGGCGGACGCCAACGAGGAGGUGCUGGGCUACGAGCUGCGCGACGUCGCCAUCAGCACGGCGCUGCGCGUGCCCGACGACGAGGCCGGCGUCGAGGUCAUGACGCAGCUGCACGCCCGCCGCACCGGCACCAAGGCCGCGCCGUCCAAUGCGCUCUACGAGUUUGCCGUGUCCUCGUGGUCCGACGACGCCGAGCAGUGGACCGUCCACGCCAGGGGUCUGGUCUCGCUGACCUACAGGUCGUCCCUCACGCCGGCCAUGCAGGGAGAGCUGGAGCGGGAGUGCCAGGCGAGGGGCAGGGAGUUUGAGGUCGCCAAGGCCACCUGCCAGAGGCCGGCCAGGAGCUUCUUGUAUGACCAGGUCGAGGCUAUCGGCAUGGUCUAUGGGCCGACCUUUCGCAACAUGACCGAGCUGUAUGCUGGGCCUGAUGCCAACAGCUACGGUGUUAUUGGGAUCCCCGACACUAAGAAGAUCAUGCCCAAGGGCUUCGAGUAUCCCUUUGUCGUCCACCCAGCGACGUUCGACUCGGUGCUUCACUUGCUCUUCCCCUGCAUCGCCGGAGAGGAGGAGUCGCUUUCCGAAGCGGUCGUGCCGUUUUCGUUUGACCGAAUCUUCAUCUCGGCCAAGAUGCCCACGGAAGCCGGCACCAAGCUCCAGGGCCACUGCUCGGCUCGCAAACUGAGCUACACGACUUGGACCUCUGGCAUCACCGUCUGCGGCGAGCAGCUCGACGAGCCCCUGAUCAUCAUGGAAGGACUGGGCCUCGCUUCCAUCGGCGGCAGCGGCUCCGAGGAAAAUGCCAAGGAGUCCCGGGCCGGCUGCUUUGGUCAAAACUGGCACGAGGACGUCGACCUGUUGUCCCCCGCCCAGAUCAAAGAGCUGGUCUACCACCGCACCCUCAAGAGCAAGGACGACGACACCGUCCUGGACAAGCUCGAGUACGUCUGCCUCGUGUACAUUGCCCGCUGCCUGGCGUGGCUCGAGACGGAGGAGGGCCGCCCGCACCUGCCGACCAGCGGUUUCUGGAAGCUGUACGUCGAGUGGAUGCACGACACGGUGGCCGCGUUCCCGCCCCUGGCCGGCGACCCAGCCGAGGUCGAGGCCGAGCUGCAGCGCUGCAAGGAGGCCAUCGUGCACUCGCCCAGCGGCGACAUCACGGUGCAGAUGGUGGAGCGCAUCGGCGUCAGCCUGCCCGCCAUCUUCCGCCGCGAGGUGGAGCCGCUGCAGGUCAUGACGGAGGGCGACCUGCUGUACACCUUUUACCGCGGGGCGUUCGGCACGUCCUUCAACACCAACGUGGCCGAGUACGUGGGCCUGAUCGCCGACAAGUCGCCGGGCCUGCACAUCCUGGAGAUCGGCGCCGGCACGGGCGGCACCACCUACCACGUGCUGGAGCGGCUGCGCAACCCCGACGGCACCUCCAAGGCCGCGCGCUACUUCUUCUCCGACAUCUCGCCGGGCUUCCUCGCCAAGGCGGCCGACCGCUUCCAGACCGACGCGUCCGUCAUGGAGUUUGGCACCUGCAACAUCGAAAACGACCCACUGACCCAGGGCUUCGCGGCCGAGAGCUUCGACCUGAUCGUCUGCGCCAACGUGCUGCACGCCACCAAGAGCAUCCAGGAGACCCUGGCCCACUGCAGGGCCCUGCUCAAGCCCGGCGGCCGCCUGGUGCUGUCCGAGGUCACCAUCAAGCGCAUCUUUAGCGGCUUCAUCAUGGGCCCGCUGCCGGGCUGGUGGCUGGGCGAGGACGACGGCAGGCACGGCGGCCCGCUGCUGGACGUCCCCGAGUGGGAGACCGCUCUGACCAAGGCCGGCUUCUCCGGUGUCGACAUGGACGUCCGCGGUGAUCGCGAGGAGUCGCUGGAGCCCGUGUCGCUGAUCAUCUCGACCAAGCCGCUGACCAAGAGGAUUGCGGCUGCUGACGAGUUUGUCGUCGUCACGCCCGCGCUCGCCGAGUCGCAGAAGCUGGCUCAGGCCAUUGUCGACACCAUCAAGUCCGCGGGUAAAAAGUGCACGUCCCUGGCUUGGGAGGACGUCACCAAGGAGGCCGUCCAGGGGCAGUACUGCAUCUGCCUGGCAGAGUGGGAGUCGCCCAUCCUCGUCGACCUGACCGACGAGAACUGGACCCGCCUGCGCGACGUGGUCCUCGGCUCGGCGGGCACGCUCUGGGUCACGGGCGGCGCGGCCAUGGACACCCCCGAGCCGCUCAAAUCGCUCAUGGUUGGCCUGGCGCGGGCCAUCCGCAACGAAAACGCCGGCGUGCUCCUCGCCACGCUGGACCUGGAGACCGCAGCCACUAUCGACAUGCGACAGGGCUGCGACGCGGUGCUAAAGGUGGCGCUGGAGCACAGCCGCGGCGAGACGCCGGACGGAGAGUUCGCCGCCCGCCGGGGCCGCGUCUUCGUCCCGCGGGUCGAGAGGCUGCCGGGGGUGGAUGCGUCGCUGCGCAAGUACGAGAACAAGGGAGACCCGGAGCCGGUGUCCUUUGUCGGGUGCGGCCGCCCGCUCAAGCUGACCAUCAAGACGCCCGGCCUGCUGGACACGUUCCGCUGGGUCGAGGACGAGACCUACCACACGCCCGUGCCGGAGGACUGGGUCGAGAUCCAGGUAAAGGCCGUCGGGCUCAACUUCAAGGAUGUGCUGGUCGCGCUGGGUAACCUCGCCGAGUACAAGCUUGGAGUCGACGUGUCUGGUGUUGUGACCAGGGUCGGCGCGGGGGUUAAAGGCCUUAAGCCUGGCGACAAGGUCAUGACGGCGUCGUGUGACACUUUUGCCACCUUUGUCCGCUUCCCCGCCAAAGGUGCAAUCCCCAUCCCCGAGGACAUGGCCUUUGAAGAGGCCGCUUCGAUGCCGCUCAUCUUCCUCACGGCAUACUACGCCCUCGUCACCGCGGGACAUUUGGUCGCCGGCGAACGCAUCCUGAUCCACGCCGCCGCUGGAGGCGUCGGACAGGCAGCCAUACAAAUCGCGCAAAGUAUCGGCGCCGAGAUCUUUGCAACUGUCGGCUCCGACGAAAAAAAGCAGCUCAUUAUGGACCAAUACGGCAUCCCGGCCGACCAUAUUUUCAGCAGCCGCGACACGAGCUUUUACAAGGGCGUGAUGCGCGCCACGGACAAGCAGGGGGUGGACGUGGUGCUCAAUUCGCUGGCCGGCGAGGCGCUGCGUCUCUCGUGGCACAGUCUGGCCAAGUUUGGCCGCUUCCUCGAGAUCGGCAAGGCGGACCUCUUUGCCAACACGGGGCUCGACAUGCAGCCGUUCCUCGACAACAAGAGCUACAUCGGCGUCAACCUGCUCGACUUUGAAAACAACCCCACCCCGCGCGCCGUGGCCCUGUGGCGCGAGACCGCCGCCCUCAUCCACGACGGUGGCGUCCGCCCCGUCCACCCGCUGCAGCGCUUCACCAUGGCCGACGUCGAAAAGGCCUUUCGCUACAUGCAGACCGGCAAGCACACCGGCAAGGUCGUCGUGUGCGUCGACGAGGCCGACGUGGUCCCUGCCAUCCCCCGCACCCCCAAGGUGCCCAUCGUCGCGGAUGCCACGUACGUGGUGGCGGGCCUCGGUGGGAUCUGCAGGGAGAUUGGGCGCUGGCUGGCCGAAAAGGGCGCAAAGCACCUCGUGUUCCUGUCCAGGACCGCCGCCAGCAGCGCCGAGAACAAGGAGUUCUCCGCGGGGCUCGAGAAGACGUACGGCGCCAAGAUCCACGCCUUCGACUGCGACGUGGGCGACAAGACGGCCCUGGCGGGCGUGCUGGAGGCCAUCGGGCACCUCCCCAAGGUGCGCGGCUGCGUCACGGGCGCCAUGGUGCUGCACGACACGCUCUUCGACAGCAUGACGGCGGACCACGUGCGCACGACGGUGGGGCCCAAGGUGCACGGCACGUGGAACCUGCACGAGCAGCUGCCGGCCGACAUGGACUUCUUCGUGAUGCUGUCGUCGCUGGCCGGCGUCAUGGGCCACCGCGGGCAGGGCAACUACGGCUGCGGCAACAUCUUCCAGGACUACGUGGCGGCGCACCGGCGCGGGCUGGGCCGCCGCGCCACCACCGUCGACAUUGGCUACCUGCUCAGCGUCGGCUUCGUCGCCGAGCACGACGAGUACGUCGACCACGUCAAGGCCAUGGGGCUCAAGGUCAUGCGCAGCUCCGACCUGCACGGCCUGCUCGCCACCGCCAUGGAGGCCGACCUCGACGCCUCCCCCGCCCAGGUCAUGUGCGGUCUGCCCUACCGCGAGCACGACGACGCCUGGUACUGGAUCCGCGACGGCCGCUUCGCCGCCCUGCGCAACGUCGGUGCUGCCGGCGCGGCGGCCGGGUCCGGCGGUGGCAUCUCGUUGCGCGAGGAGCUGGCGCGCUGCGGUCCCGGCGACGACGAGGCCGCCGUCGAUCUCAUCACGCGCGCGCUGGUGCAGCGCCUGGCCAAGCUGAUGAUGAUGCCCGAGGCCGACAUCGAUGCCGGCCGACCGCUGAGUGCCUAUGGCGUGGACAGCUUGGUGGCGGUCGAGGUGCGGAACUGGGUCUCCAAGGAGGUGGUGGUCGAGGUCUCGGUCUUUGACCUCAUGGCCAAUGUGCCCAUGAGGGUAUUGGCGGCGAACCUGGCCAAGAAGAGCGCUUUGUUGAGCGACAAGGCAUGA